AUGUCGCAUCAAAAAGCAUCAGUCGCGGAAUUUUACAAUGGAAAAACGAUUCUCAUAACAGGUGGCACUGGAUUCAUCGGAAAAUGUCUCAUUGAAAAGUUACUUCGUUCGUGCAGUGGCAUAAAACGCAUUUUUAUCCUCUUACGCGGCAAACGGGGAAAAUCUGUACACGAGCGAAUGGAAUCAUUUAAAAAAGAAGUGAUUUUUCAACAACUUCCUGGAACGGCACUCGACAAAUUAGUCGGCAUUGAAAGCGACUUGUCAUCCGGAUGCAUUUCGGUGCCACGCGAGGGAACGUUACACUUGCAGAGCUCGACAAAAACGUUACUGGAUUUUGCGAGUUCUCUGAAGAACUUGGAAAUUUUUGUUCAUGUCUCGACGGCGUACUCCAAAUGUGAUAAUUCUAAAAUAAUCGAAGAAAAGAUUUAUCCUCCAUACAUGGAUUGGCGAUAUGCAAUAAGGAUGGCUGAGCAAAUAGACGGAGAGAUUUUAGAUUCCGCUCAUGCUCGAUGGUCCACGGAUGUCGCCAACACUUAUGUUUUUACGAAAAAUAUCGCCGAGUACAUGGUUUACGAACAUAAGGAUAAGUUGCCUGUGUUGAUUUAUCGUCCUUCAGUUGUAGUGCCCGCAGAAAGGGAGCCGAUACCUGGAUUUAUCGAUAACUUUAAUGGACCUACGAGUAUCUUUUUGUCUGCAUCAAUUGGAAUUAAUCGGGUAUUGUAUAGCCCUAAAAAUGGUGAAAUAAAUAUGAUUCCCGUCGACAUGGUGAUUAGAGGGUUAAUAAUAGCAGCAGUUAAAAACGCGAACGAGAAAAAUUCGGCCUCCGUAUAUAAUGCAGCUUCGAUCAAAGUAAAAAAAACUAUCGAUUUGGUCGAAACUGGAAAGAAAGUUGUAGAAGAAGUUCCGGCAAAUGUGAUGUUGUGGCGUCCUGAUGGCAAAGUAACUUCUUGCAUUUAUGACUUUUACUCAAUAGUGAUUUUCACUCAAAUUCUUCCCGCAAUUUUGGUUGAUGGAGUCCUGAAGUUGUACAAGAAGCAACCAAUGCUACUGAAAUACCAACGCAUCAUCAUGAACGCCCAAGUGUCUUUGCAAUACUUCAUUAGCAACUAUUGGACGAUCGAAAAUGAAAAAUUUAUGAACUUGAACAAUUUUCUCGCAAAAUCAGAGUUGAAAGAGUUCGAAAUAAAGGAAUUAAUACCAGGCACCGCCGAAUAUUUAAAACUAAGCAUGAUGGGAAGUCGAAGACAUUUAAUGCACUGGCCCGAUAAAACACUCGAAAACGCUAAAAAAUUGUAUCGACGCAUGGUUCUGUUGGAUCAAGUUGUCAAAUAUGCCGUCCUAGCCAUUUUUAUUUAUUUUAUCUAUAACAAAUUUUUCUGUUAG